AUGUUUAAACACAUUGUUCUACGUAACGCAGCACAGCAACGGUUAGUGGAGGCGAGAAAAGCGGCACGAGACGCCGAGGUACGCCGGGCCAGGGCCUGGAGAGACAAACAAUUGAAGGCCAACUUAGCCACGAAGCUGUCUACCCCAAAAUCUCUAGGCCAAGAUAACAAGUCUAAAGGAAUCUUAAAGGAGUGGAAGCGUCUGGGCUUCACUGUGUUACCUGUAUUCACUUUUGAAGAUAUAAAGGAUUUUCAAUUUGUAAAAAAUCUGGGGAAGGGCUCUCACGGCACCGCUAGCCUCGUCGAAUGUGACGAAACAAAUUUUGUUUUAAAACUCGCCGCUAUGCAUGAAAACGUCGACAAUUAUGAACUGGAGGCAAAGUUACAUAUGAUUGCUGGCGGAGCAGGCGGUACCCCAGUCCUUGUGGGUCUGUGUAGGAAGCCCCUCGCUCUCUUAAUGUCGUUCGUCGGGCACCAAAACCUUGGGGAGUAUAUUUCACAAAACCCACCGGAUACCAGGGCUCUAUAUAAUAUUCUCUCCUCUGUCGCUUACGAGCUACAAAAACUGAAUGAAAAAAAAAUUAUACACAAUGAUCUUAAACCCGAUAACAUCUUAAUACAGGAUAUGGGUAAUGGAAUUAAAAUAAAUAUCAUAGACCUAGGUCUGAGUGGCAUCUCUGGCCGUCACUUGUCCGUGAACCCCGAAGAUGAGAAGACAUAUCCUUGGAUGUGCCCCCUCUUAUUCCGGGGAGGAACCUGCAGCCCCGCCACCGAUCUGUACUCCUUCAUCUAUUUUGUGGAGAGUUGCAUGGAUUCCGUUAUCGCCGACAGUACUGUGAAAGAAGCCGUGGUGAGGCUCGUCGCCGACACAAAAAGGCGAAUAGUCGACACCGAGAACUGCCCCGACUACCCAAGUGUGCUUGCCGACUUAAAAGAAAUUUUAAAAGCAUGA